AUGAUAUUGAUGAGGAGACAGUUGAGUACUACUGGCUUUAUACCGAGAAGUUUUAUCAAAGGAUUUGUGAAACCUCGUGUAAAUUGCAUUAAACAAAUACCUAGAACAAAUUUCAAGCAUGCAUCAAUACUACUAAAUCAACUACGAUUUAAUUCAACCACCUCAAAAUCUACAACACCUUCAAUCAACAAUACUUCAAAUGAUACGGUAACUAGUACUAUACCCAUAGAUGAAGCAGUACGGAAAGAAGAUUCACACCUAUUCAAAGAUAUAAUAAAGUUAUUAAGACUAGCCAAACCAGAAUCUACUUUAUUAGUAUUUGCAUUAAUAUGUCUAGCAAUUUCAGCGGCAACUUCAAUGUCAAUACCUUUAAUUAUUGGUAAAAUAAUGGAUACAGCAAAACCAUUGGGCUUUAAUAAAGAUGAUGAUGACAAAGAUAAAGAAAAUACAAAACAAGAUUCAAAUUCAGAUGAUACAUUAAUAUUUGGACUUACGUCGACACAAUUUUAUUCCUCAUUAGGAGUUUUAUUUUUAAUUGGAUCAGCUGCAAAUUUUGGUAGAGUUUAUUUAUUAAGAACAGUUGGAGAAAAAUUAGUUGCAAGAUUAAGAUCAAGAUUAUUUUCCAAAAUAUUAGCUCAAGAUGCUUAUUUUUUCGAUAUUGGACCAAAUAAAACUGGUAUGAAAACUGGUGAUUUAAUUUCAAGAAUUGCUAAUGACACUCAAAUUAUUUCUAAAACUUUAAGUUCAAAUAUAAGUGAUGGAAUGAGAAGUAUUAUUUCGGGUGUAGUUGGGAUUUCAAUGAUGUGUUAUGUAUCUUGGAAAUUAACUUUAUGUAUGAGUUUAAUGUUUCCUCCUUUAAUUCUUAUGUCAUUCUUUUAUGGACGUAAAAUUAAAGCAUUAUCAAAAUUAAUUCAAGAAAAUAUUGGUGCUUUAACUAAAGUUACUGAAGAAAAACUUAAUGGGGUUAAAAUUAUUCAAUCAUUUGCUCAACAACAAUCAAUUGUUCAUGGAUAUAACAAGGAAAUUAAAAACAUUUUUGAUAGUUCAUUAAGAGAAGGUAAAUUAUCUGGUAUAUAUUUUUCAGUUAAUGGAUUUAUUGGAAAUGUUACGAUGAUUGGAUUAUUAAUUAUAGGUACUAGGUUAAUUGGAAUGGGUGAAUUAACAAUUGGUGAUUUGUCAAGUUUUAUGAUGUACGCUGUUUAUACUGGUAGUUCAGUAUUUGGAUUAGGUAAUUUUUAUACUGAAUUAAUGAAGGGUAUUGGAGCUGCAGAAAGAAUUUUUGAAUUAAUUGAAUAUAAACCCAAAAUAUUAAAUAAUAAAGGUUUAAAACUGAAAAUUAAUGGUGAUAUAAUAUUAAGAGAUAUAGAUUUUUCAUAUCCUUCUAGAUCUGAUAAAAUUUUUACAAAUUUAAAUUUACAUAUAAAAGAAGGUGAAAAUGUAUGUCUUGUUGGACCAUCAGGUAGUGGGAAAUCAACUGUAAGUCAAUUAUUAUUAAGAUUUUAUGAUACAGAUGGUGGAGAAAUUAUAAUUGGGAAUGAAAAUCCAAUAGAAAUUAAAGAUUUUAAUUUAAAUAAUUAUAGAGAACAAUUGGGUUAUGUUCAACAAGAACCAUUAUUAUUUAGUGGUACAAUAAAGGAUAAUGUUAUUUUUGGUAAACAAGAUGCAACAGAUGAAGACAUUGAAAAAGCAUUACAAGUAAGUCAUUCAACUGCUUUCAUAAAUAAUUUACCUGAUGGUUUAAAUACUAAGAUUGGAUCAUCAACAUCAACUCAAUUAAGUGGAGGACAAAAACAAAGAAUAUCAUUAGCAAGAACAAUAAUUAAAAAUCCAAAAAUACUAAUAUUAGAUGAAGCAACAUCAGCAUUGGAUUCAAUAAGUGAAGAACAAGUUAUGAAAAAUUUAAUAGGAUUAAAUAGAGAAAAAGGUAUAACAAUAAUUUCAAUAGCUCAUAGAUUAUCAACUAUACAAAAUAGUGAUAGAAUUAUAGUUUUUAAUCAAGACGGUGAAAUUGUUGAAGAUGGUGAAUUUAUAAAUUUACAUAAUAAUCCAGAAAGUCAAUUUAAUAAAUUAUUAAAAACUAGUGACUUUGAAUAA